GAGAGGCGGGGCGCGCGCCGCGGCAGAAGGAGCGAAGCUCUGGCCCGGCGCGCAGUGGUCGUACUACGGGGAUGCUGGGCCGGGCACCGGGCUGUGUGGAGAAGUGAGCGCGCUCGCCUGACCUGUCCCCGUCACCCCGAGCCCCAGGGGGCGAGUUCCCGAGGCCCGCGCCGAGGCCCCCGUCCUCCGCCCGGCGACGCCGUCUUGCAUUCAGCCUGCUGGCCGCUGCCGAUCCUCCCGAGCCCCCGCCCUGCCGCCCCUUCUCCCCCGCCCCGCGGCCGGCUCUGUGGUGGAAGCAGCCCGAGCAAGACCACUGAAGGUGAAGGAUAAUCUACAAAGUACCAGCACUUUGAAUGAAAAUUUGUUUCUCUGCCACAAACUGAACACUUUUGUGUGCGUGUGUGGGGGGAAGUUGAAACACAAAUCUCACUUUGUGGCAUAGCAGCUAUGCAGCUUGAAAUCCAAGUAGCACUAAAUUUUAUUAUUUCAUAUUUGUACAAUAAGCUUCCCAGGAGACGUGUCAACAUUUUUGGUGAAGAGCUUGAAAGACUUCUUAAGAAGAAAUAUGAAGGGCACUGGUAUCCUGAAAAGCCAUACAAAGGAUCAGGGUUUAGAUGUAUACACAUAGGGGAGAAAGUGGACCCAGUGAUUGAACAAGCAUCCAAAGAGAGUGGUUUGGACAUUGAUGAUGUUCGUGGCAAUCUGCCACAGGAUCUUAGUGUUUGGAUCGACCCAUUUGAGGUUUCCUACCAAAUUGGUGAAAAGGGACCAGUGAAGGUGCUUUAUGUGGAUGAUAAUAAUGAAAAUGGAUGUGAGUUGGAUAAGGAGAUCAAAAACAGCUUUAACCCAGAGGCCCAGGUUUUUAUGCCCAUCAGUGACCCAGCCUCAUCAGUGUCCAGCUCUCCGUCGCCUCCCUUUGGUCACUCUGCUGCUGUAAGCCCUACCUUCAUGCCCCGGUCCACUCAGCCUUUAACCUUUACCACUGCCACUUUUGCUGCCACCAAGUUUGGCUCUACCAAAAUGAAGAAUAGUGGCCGCAGCAACAAGGUUGCACGUACUUCUCCUAUCAACCUCGGCUUGAAUGUGAAUGACCUCUUGAAGCAGAAAGCCAUCUCUUCCUCAAUGCACUCUCUGUACGGGCUCGGCCUGGGCAGCCAGCAGCAGCCCCAGCAGCAGCAGCAGCCCUCCCAGCCACCACCGCCGCCGCCGCCACCGCAGCCGCAGCCGCAGCAGAAAGCCUCGGCUCUUUCUCCCAAUGCCAAGGAAUUUAUUUUUCCUAACAUGCAGGGUCAAGGUAGUAGUACCAAUGGAAUGUUCCCAGGUGACAGCCCCCUAAACCUCAGUCCUCUCCAGUACAGUAAUGCCUUUGAUGUGUUUGCGGCCUAUGGAGGCCUCAACGAGAAGUCUUUUGUAGAUGGCUUGAAUUUUAGCUUAAAUAACAUGCAGUAUUCUAACCAGCAAUUCCAGCCUGUCAUGGCUAACUAAAAAAGGAAAAAAAAAAAGAAUCCUACAAGUUAAAAUGCACGGGCCCAAGGGGGAUUUUUUUUCACCUCCUUGAGAUUUUUUUUUUUUUAAGCUUAUAGUAAGGAUACAUUCAAGCUUGGUUACAAAAAUAAAACCUGCAUCAUUUUUCAUUUGCCAACCAAGCACAAAGUUAUUUUAUACUGACUGUAUAUUUUAAAGUAUACGCUCAGAUAUGGCCUCUUACAGUAUUUAAGAUAUAGCAAGGACAUGGCUGAUUUUUUUUUUAUAAAAAAUUGGCACUAAUAAGUGGGUUUAUUGGUCUUUUCUAAUUGUAUAAUUUAAUUUAGUACAAAGUUUGUAAAAUAUCAGAGGAUAUAUAUAUUGUUUCUACGACACGGUAUUGCAUUUAUAUCUUUUUACUACAGUGACCUGUGACAGCAGCAGCUUCAUGUAUUUUUUUUACUGAAAUUGUAAAAUAUCCAUCUUAAAGACAUCAACUAUUCUCAAAAUUGUGUACAGGAUAUUCCUUUAGUGGUGGAAUUAAAAUGUACGAAUAUUUGCUUUUUCAAAAAAAUGUAUUUUCUGUUAAAGGUUUAAAGAUUUUUGCUAUAUAUUAUGGAAGAAAAUGUAAUCGUAAAUAUUAAUUUUGUACCUAUAUUGUGCAAUACUUGAAAAAAACGGUAUAAAAGUAUUUUGAGUCAGUGUCUUACAUGUUAAGAGGGACUGAAAUAGUUUAUAUUAAGUUUGUAUUAAAAUUCUUUAAAAUUAAAAA